GCUCCUCUCCCAGUGGAAGACUGUACAAAAGGGCCACUGCGACUACGCGGUAAAAUCCAUACAUAACAAAUUUAACAAAACAUACUUGAUGUAAUAAAAUAAAAAUCUCGGUAAAAAUUUAGAUUGUCCACUUGAGCUCCUAAACAAAGAAAAAACAGAUGAGAUUGGCAAUCCGGAAGUCUGUUUACCAUGUCACACCAUCAUACUUGUGAUCCUCAACUGUCAGAAAUACAUCCUUUUUAUAUGUGACUCAACUGACAUAUAUCCACUAUGUGACAAGAAAAGACAUACCAAUACCAAUGACACUAAAAGAUGCACAAUAAACAGAGAAACAUGAGCGUGGUUAAGGGUUACCAACUGACAAACACGGUCACCCACCUGUCCCAGAGGAAGACUGUACAAAGGGGCAGAGGUGGGGCCGGAAUAAACAUUAAGUGGGAACCACAGAAUAAGAAACAUUACAGAGGAGGAGCACCAAGCUAAUACACAGUUUACACAGGAUAGUGAUGCAUUUUCUUGUCAAAUUUUGUGUGAUUAUACAGACACUUCUUUCAGUACACAGAUUGACCGGGUUACAUUCACCCCUCCAGAAUUACAAAAAAAUCAAAAACCUCAGUAAAAAACUGUCCAAACAAGCACACAAAUAAGCCAACCACCCAGGCAGAAGUGGAAGAUGUGUGAUAAGGUCUGAGUUGACUGGAGACUGAUGGAUCCAUGGUGGGGAUCAGCAAGGAAGUCACUUGUUGCAGCUCCAGUGUCCACAGCUGACACUUGAGGCUCAUGAACAGAAGAGUUCAUGUUAAUAUUUAUUGUUUGUUUGUUACAAGGACCUGAAGAGGAGAGUACAGAGGACCCAGGUCUCCGGAUGAUUUAAAGAGAUUCUGCAAAGCGGAAUGGCUUAAGAUCCCUCUUUUCCCAUCUUGUGAAACAUUAUUGGAAAAGAUUAGGUGCUGUUUUGUUGGCAAAAGGGGGUUGUACAAAGUAUUAACACCAGGGGUGCUAAUAAUUGUGACACGCAUGAUUUGACGUCAAAUAAUUAUUUCUUUAUGUGGGAUUUUUUUUCCCCACUGAAUAAAUGCACUUGUAUUGAAGGUUGGAUUUUUCUCUUCUUUCCAUUAAGGUCCCAUAUUUUUUAGAAAAAAAAUAUUAGAAGCUACUCUGAACGAGGUUACUGACUGCAAAGUAGAGGUAGGGGAGAGUGUAGCUCGACAAAACAGGAUGGUGGUGUGUAGGACGACUCUGUUGGUGGGUAGGAAGAUUAAGAAGACAAAGGUAGAGCAGAGAACUAGGUGGUGGAAGGUGACAAAGGAAGAAUGCUGUCCGGCCUUCUGGAAAGAGGUGAGACAGGCUCUCAAUGGACAGGAGGAGCUCCCAGAAGACUGGACUACUGCAGCCAAGGUGAUCAGAGAGACAGGCAGGAGAGUACUUGGUGUGUCCUCUGGUAGGAAAGGGGAAAAUGAGACCUGGUGGUGGAACCCCAAAAUACAGGAAGCCAUACAUGGAAAGAGAUUAGGGAAGAAGAAGUGGGAUAGUGAGAGGACUGAGGAGAGGUGAAAUGAAUACAUGGAGAUGUGACGUAGGGAAAAGGUACAGGUGCGAACGCUAAACAAGAGGCAUAUGACGACAUGUACACCAGGUUGGACACGAAAGAAGGAGAAAAGGAUCUCUACAGGUUGGCCAGACAGCGAGAUUGAGAUGGGAAGGAUGUGCAGCAGGUAAGCGUAAUUAAGGAUAGAGAUGGAAAUGUGUUGACUGGUGCGAGUAGUGUGCUGAAUAGAUGGAUAGAAUACUUUGAGAAGUUGAUGAAGAAAAUGAGAAAGAAGGAAGAGUAGAAGAGGCAAGUGUGAAGGACCAGGAAGUGGCAAUGAUUAGCUGGGGGGAAGUUCGAAACGCACUACAAAUGAUGAAAAAUGGAAAGGCAGUUGGUCCUGAUUACACACCGGUGGAGGUAUGGAAGCAAUUUGGUGAGGUGGCUGUGGAGUUUUUGACCAACUUAUUCAACAGAAUAUUAGCGGGUGAGAAGAGGCCUGAAGAAUAGAGGAAAAGUAUGCUCGUUCCCAUUUUUUUAGAACAAAGGGGACUUGCAGAGCUGUGGCAACGAUAGAGGAAUAAAGUUGAUGAGCCACACAAUGAAGUUAUGGGAAAUAGUAGUGGAGGCUAGACUCAGGACAGAAGUAAGUAUCUGCGAGCAACAGUAUGGUUUCAUGCCGAGAAAGAGUACCACAGAUGCAUUAUUUGCCUCAAAGAUGCUCGUGAAAAAGUACAAAGAAGGUCAGAAGGAGCUACAUUCUGUCUUUGUGGCUCGAGAGAAAGCCCAUGACAGAGUACCAAGGGAGGAACUGUGGUACUGCAUGCGGAAGUCUGGUGUGCCAGAGAAUUAUGUUAAAAUAGUACAGGACAUGUAUGAGGGUAGGGAAGGUAAGGUCUUCUUGUGCUUGUAAACCGACCGGAAUUCUUUCACAGCCUUUCACACAUUGGUAUACGUACAUAAAAGGCUGUAAAAUGCUGUGAAUGUUACUGUGAAUGUUGUAAUACAAUGAUGAGUCAUGUUCAAAUUUAUGUGUAAUUAUAUAGUUUGUAUUUCUUUGUAAUACAUAUAAUAUGUGUGCAUAUUGAAAAGUGUUGUGCACACACAACAUCCCACAUCAGUCCCAUCCCAUACGUUUUAUGAACAUCAGUUCCCACCCCCACUCCCCGCUCUAUAACUACAUCAUCUGAAAGACCAUCCUGUGUUUUUAUAAUUAGAACUUAGACGAAAAAAAAACCCAUCAAAACAGAGCUCGAGUCUGAAGAGGGCAACUAUUUCAUGGUGGAGGGUAGUUUAUGGAAACGUAUUGACCUGUGGUGUGUGAUGUUGAAUGGGCGCAACACUGCCACCGAGCGUCGUGCUGUGAAAUCAACAAUUUGGUUUGCUUUUCAGUUCCGCGUACCGUCUUUGUUUUAGCUUGUUCUUUUGAGAAACCCUGUGAGUCGUUACUCGCCCUGUCCUGCUGCAACUGUUUUCAUCGACUGUGGUGGAGCUGCCCGCUGGCACGGCUUGGGUCGUACCAAAGCUCCCUGCGCGGUUUCCGGUGUUCAUUCGUCUGCAGGAGGAUGGCGUCUGCUCUCACCGCAUCCCGUCUCCUGCCGGUCCUCCGACUCCCAUUCACGGUCGAAUGUUGUCGGCUUAGCUCCAGAUACAGGAGUGAAAAACAUCAUUAAGCAACAAGGGUGUUCAUAUGCAUCUCUAAGAACGUGUGUAACCUUCAGAGAACUCACCACACUGGUUACCAUUUCAUAAACUACAUCAAUCUGCUCUGUGUGGCAUUAAAAAAAAACUCAUCUCCUGAGCUCUAUUUCCUAAAGUGGAAGAAUGACAGAGGCGUGGCAGCAGCAGCACACAGUGGCUCCACCUUCUGUAGUGCACACACUUCCCCAGACGACGGACGGUCUGGCUUGCACUGUAUACGGUGUGGUCCUGCAACCAGAUUCCUCCCUGCAGCAGCAGCAGCAGCAGCUGGGCCAGCAGCAUGUUGUGCAAACUCAGCAGGCCUCCAUACAGCUAGGGGCUGAAAGAGUGCACAAGUGUGGCGCCUGUGGACAUGACAUAUCUCACCUGGCCAAUCCCCAUGAACACCAGUGCAUGGUGACCCAAGACAGGUCUUUCCAGUGCACACAGUGCAUGAAAAUCUUCAGCCAAGCCACAGACCUCUUGGAGCAUCAGUGUGUGCAGGUGGAGCAGAAGCCUUUUGUGUGUGGUGUUUGUAAGAUGGGUUUCUCAUUGCUGACAUCCUUGGCCCAGCAUCAUAAUUCCCAUGGCAAUGGAAACAACCCAAUGAAGUGUUCAAUUUGUGAGAAAACAUACCGUCCCGGAUCCGGAAAUGUCACUCCUACCUCAUCUGCGGCCAAUCCUCAGCAGCCUUCCACCGGAGAGACAUCUGGUGGCGGCGCGGCGAUGAGUGCCUCAUCCCCACCUGCUUUUGAGGCCUCUGCACCAGAUAGGCCGUACAAGUGCUCAGUGUGCCAUAAGUCAUUCCGGCAUUUGUCCGAGCUAACCCGCCACGAAAGGGUACACACAGGUGAGAAGCCGUACAAAUGUGAUACAUGCGAUAAAAGCUUCAGCCAAUCUUCCCACUUGGCUCAUCACCAGCGCACACACAGCUCUGAACGUCCGUAUAAAUGUGCUGUGUGUGAGAAGAGCUUUAAGCAUCGUUCUCACCUUGUGCGCCACAUGUACGCCCAUUCUGGUGAGCACCUAUUCAAGUGCAACUUGUGUGAAAUGCACUUUAAAGAGUCAUCAGAGCUUCUGCACCAUCAAUGCCAGCCAGAAGGAGAAAGGCCUUUUCGAUGUGGCUCGUGCGGCAAGAGCUUCAAACGGCCGUCGGACCUGCGGCAGCACGAACGCACUCAUUCUGAGGAUCGUCCGUUCCAAUGUGAGGAGUGCCAGAUGAGCUUCAAGCAGCAAUAUGCUCUCGUACGCCACCGUCGCACUCAUAAAAAUCCGGCUGACCGCCCUUUCAAGUGUAAUCUCUGUGAUAAAGGUUUUCUUCAGCCGUCACACCUGCUUUACCAUCAGCAGGUGCAUGGUAUGGAAAGCUUGUUCAAAUGUGCAUCUUGCCAGAAGUCUUUUAGCCAAUCUGGAGAACUGCUAAGGCACAAAUGUGGAGGUGAAGUAGAGAAGCCGUACAAAUGUGAUGUGUGUGGCAAAGGUUACAAAAAGAACUCCACACUGCAGCGCCACCAAAACACUCACUGCACAGAGAAGCCACUGAAAUGCUCUCUGUGUGACAAGCGCUUUGUGUCAUCCUCAGAGUUUGUCCAGCACCGCUGUGACCCGACCCGCGAGAAACCGCUGAAAUGUCCCGAUUGUGAGAAACGCUUCAGGUACUCGUCCGAGCUGCAGCGCCAUCGCCGGGUCCACACUGGGGAGAAACCUUUCAAGUGCGCUAGCUGCGACAAGAGUUUCAAACAACGCGAGCACCUGGCCAAGCAUCAAAGCGUUCACUCGCGAGAAACACAGUUUAAAUGCGUGUGGUGUGGUGAGCGUUUUGUCGAACUGGCUGCUCUGCAGGAACACACGGUCCAGCACACUGCUGAAGGAGAGAGUUUCCCGGAAGCGCCCUGUAUCCCGUAACCCGCUGUCAUCCUGCAAGCUUUUGGUCAGCGAACAGCAAUGUGUUUCAUCCAAAUCACUCACCUUUCUUGCUUCAAACACCCACUCAUUAAACAAGGUCCCUGCUUUCUACUAAAGUGUACAUUUACUCAGUUAUCUUUCCUUGAGUAAAAGGUGAAACUCAGGAUCAGGAAUCCUUUAGUCAACCUGUGGGGAGUAUUUUUUCUUUUCUAAUGUUGCAUGUGAUGUGAUUGCAUCCAUUUUUUUAAUUGUUUACCCUGUUGUGGAUUGUAAGAUUGCCGUCACGUGUUCUCAUGUAUAUUGCUCCUGACUUCUAUGUGCCUUUUUUUUUUUUAAACAGAUCUUGUUUUAUUGAGUUGUAGACCAGUAAUAACUGACUUUUGCCCAUCCAUGCAGUCUGCCCUGUGCAGCAGUAUAUGUCCACAUAAUACACUUUAGAUAGUAUUGUCUGUGCAUGAAUAUUUAUAACAGUAUCACUAUUAUAGGUUUGUUUUAUUUAGAAAAAAUAACUGAAGAAACAAAUGUGGAUUUGUGAAAAGUGUAUAGGCUAUGUUCUGUAAAAUGUGUUAUUGCAUCAUUGUAUCAAAACAUGACAUUUGGUAACUUGACAUAUCUAUCAUGUCAUGAGAAGACUUGAUGUGCAAUAGUAAUGUGCACAAUGUAAUAUAACUACUGAUUCAUUGCUGUCCUACCCUGUUCAAGAUGGUGCGUAUUCUCAUGUAAACAUUGAAAAUAUGUAGUGCUUCUGUUACCUUUUGCUUUUACCAUUAAGCUUGCUGAUAUUUUGCAAGGAUUUACGCUUCUGUUUGAACUCUGACAUUCUAAUGAACUAUCAAAUAUUAUAAUGUUCACUUGUAAGAAUGAAUAACUGUGUAGUAACUAAAAAUUUGGUUCGUUAAAUCCUCUCAGAAUUCCUCAUCUCUACUUGAGUACUUGACUCACAACAGCUUCUUGCUGCAACAUGUACACUUGUUUUGUACUGAGGAUAAAGUGGCAAAAUGUAUGAGUCAUUAUACAGUGUGAUAUUUCUCAAACGUUUUUGCAGUAUAUUUAAAAAAUGGUUCGAGAUAUUCUGUUAUCUUGGUCAUGGGGACUGGCAGAGUAUAAUUGCUUCACCCUGAAUUUGUCUUAAAAACCAUAUUCAAUUUAGACUCCUGUACACAUUCAAGUAAAAUAAACCACCUUGAGGAA